AAGACACUUACCACUGUGAACUAGCACAAAUAAAAGGCCUAUUAGUACAAUUACCAAUAUUUUAUAGAAAGGAAAAAGAAAACAUUAUAAUGUGGUUGCUCCAAGAUAUAGCGCUCCAGUUGUAUUUAAAUAAGAUACAAGGCCAUGAAAACGGAAAACUAUUUGAAACUUGGAAAGAGUUUGAAAAAGAACUUAGAAAUAUACUUGGGCAAGUAGAAAGUAUAGAUGAAGCAGACAAAAUACUUAAUUUUGUGGAGGGGUUAAAAUUUGCAACCAAAGUUGAAGUUAACUACUGA